GCAACGGUGAAGGAAUUUUUGAGAGCCAAACUUCGUCAUUGUUUAUCUUUGUUACCCGUCAUGUGUGCCGUGAACGGCAAACGUGGACUCUUGGCAAAAAGGGUUAAUGUCUUUCUGGAUAGAUUGUUCUGAAGUUUUGAGGCUGUGUCAAAGUGGGGUUGGGGAGUGGGGUUGUGGAGUAUGGUUAUAAAAUGAGCAGCAAGAGCAAUUCAGCGCCGGAAAAUACCGCAAGAGCUCUCCCUAGCGCAUGUCUCUAAGGCUUCAUCAAUUUUCCAAUUAAACAAACACGCACAAACAUGAACCGCCUCUUCACUGCCUUCACUUUCUUGGCUUUAGUGGCCCUAACUUACAGUGCCCCGGCCUCCGACCGACAGUCUCACCUGGUUGCACGCCAGUCCAACAGCAACACGAAAUGCGAAGCCGAUCCGUACCCAAAUUUGAACGGCACGUUCCGUCUUCAGAACUGCACAGUCGAAUACGAUAGGCAGCUGGCUAAUUGCGACAACGCGACCAGUACCAAAGACUGCAAAGACGCUGCCAAGAGCCGUCGUACCCAGUGCGAGGCGAUCUGCUCAACAACUAGUCGCGCGGUGGAAAGAUGCGUAAAGUCUUGCAACAGGAAUUGGAAAACAUUUGAUGACAAGAUUUGCAAGCCGAUUACAAACGGAACGGAUCAGGAAUCAUGCAAUGAUAUAGCUCUCUCGCAGGUUUCCGCUUGUCAGGAUAUUUGUUUGGAAUAUCAUAAGGGAUUGUAGAAGCCGAGAGGCGGAUCAUUUUGUUUAGAUAUUUGUACAGACCGGUUGGCCGGCAAAAUUGGUUUGCGCGGACAUUGGCAAACUCGAAAAGAUUUGUAACAGUUGUGUCCAUAGUUAAUAAAGAAAGCUUGUAAAUGUGA